AUGGCCUGGGGAAAGCCUGGAACCGGCGUGGUGAAGUCGUACGCCGUGGAGUGGUCGACCAUGGAGCAGACGACAGCCAAGGCCGCGGAGCGGGUGCGGGACGACCGGGUGCCCGAGGAGGAAGAGGAGGAGGACGAGGACCCCGUGUGCCCGCUCUGCAUUGAAGAGCUCGACGCCACGGAGAUCCAAUUCCGGCCCUGUCCCUGCGGCUACCGCGUGUGUCUGUUCUGCUACGAGCGAAUCAAGCUCGAGCUCAAAGGCAUCUGUCCCAGCUGCCGCUCGCCCUACGGCGACCCGCAAAUGGCGGCGCCACCGCAGCCAACCGCAACGGCCCCGCCAUCGUCGUUUCCGCCGCUCCUACCGCUCGACCCGCCUCAGCAGCCGGCCUCGCAGAGCCACGUGGCUUCGAGUCACGCCACGCAGAGCCGCGCAGCUGCGGCUGCGGGCGUACGGCGUUUAUCGUCUGACGCCCAUGCCGCGCCGAGCGUUGAAACCACCUCUGCGUCUUGGCCCGCGCUUAAGGCAGAGCCAUCGACGGCAGCCCCGUCUGCGUCCGCCGUAUCGAGUCACGCUCAAACGGGGAAGUCUGCAAGCAGGGACUCACGGAAGGAGUCGGGCGGGGAGAAGGGGAAGGAAGCGGGGAGAGUUGCCGAGGGUGCCAAGGCCGCGACGGUCGCUUCUGCGGGUUCUGCGCCGGCGGGUAGGAAGCAGCAACCUCAACCGCAAACCUCGGCGGGUGCUGCAGCGGAUGUCGCGGUAUCGAGUUCCGCGUCGUCCGCUGCCGCUCGUUCUUCCGCCAAGGCGUCGACUCGCACUGUCAGUCCCCCGCCCGUACCUGCCUACUCCGCAUCUCGCGUGCCUUCCACCGCAUCUCACGAGCAGCCGCGCGACGGCGGCGCGACCAGCGUUGGCAGCAGCGCGAGCACGAGCAGGAGCAACGCGAGGAACAGCGCCGCCGCCACUGGCGGCAGCGGCAGCGGAAACGAUAGCGGCAGCGGCAGCGGUAGUGGUAGCGGUAGCAGCAAGAGCAGCGGCGGCGGCGGCGGCGGGCGCAGCAGGAGCAGCAGCAGCGGGAGAGGGAGCUCGUCGGACGAUGAGAUGGGGUUCAGCCUGAGCGACCAGCUCGCAGAAAUGCUGCUCAACAGCCCCGGCCGCGCCGACCUCGGUGCUUCCGCCGCGCAAGCAACCGCAGCAGAAGCUGGUGAGGUGAAAGCAGGUGAAACGCAGAGUCGAGCAGGCGAGAGCAGCCUGGUUCAGAUGUCGGUCCCCGAACCUGCCCGUUCCGUUGCGCCCAAGCCAUCCACGUCGGUUCCGUCGCUCCAGAGAAUUCGGGACGCCGCGUCACCGCACAGCACCGAUUCAUCCAUCCCGCUCGCCGCUGCCGGCCCCCACGGCAGCAUCUCCUCGCCGUCCUUCUCCACGUGGCUCUCGCCGCACUCCACCUCGUCCGCCGCUACCCUCUCCAAACCCGUCCUAUCUACCGCUAACGGGGUGGCUUGUAACGGGAUCGCUGUUGCGGGGUGGGCGGCGUCCGGCGGGAGCGGGCUGGAGCGGCUGCAGCAGCUGCAGGCGCUGCAGCGGCAGCUGCAACAGGCGUUCGUGGGCGUGGGGUGGUCGACGGACGAGAUGCAGCGCGCCAGUGAGAUCGUCGCCGCGGCCAAGCAGUCUCAGAGCCGCUUCUCGGGUGCCGCAGCAGCAGCAUCAGCAGCGGCAGCGGCAGCAGCGGUCGCGCCGGCUCCUGUCACCCCCCCUCCUGGCUUCCGCCCUCCCGCUCCCCCUGGCUUCGCAGCCCUUUUCCCGCCUCCGGGAUUCGGCCCGUCCGCGGGCGCCAAGAAAGCGGACGCGGACGUGCAGGCGCAGGCCGCCGCAGCAGCAGCGCGGGCUGGGUCGGGUCUAGGGCUAUCCGGGUCGACCGGGGUAGCAUCCUUUGGCGCGGCGGGUGCAGCAGCAGCAGGGGGGAGUCUGGGCGUGCAAUCGGUAGAGUCAGCAGCAUGGGGGUGGGGGGCGUCGGGAGCUGUUGCUUCCGCCUCCGCCUUGGCGGCAGGCGCGUCCUCCUCUGCCUCGUUUGGGUCGCCACUGCUGACCUCUGGCUACUCCAGUGCUUCAGGCUACACCGCCAGCAGUGCAGCAGGCUAUUCUGGUGCCGCUGGGUAUUUCUCAGGGUAUACCAGUGCUGGAGGGGUGUCGGGGCGGAGUGGGAGCGAGGUUGGGGCGUUGGGGAGUGUGGGGACGGCAAGAGGGACGUGGGGUGGAGGGGAUGCGGACGCUGCUGUGGCUGCUAUUGCGAGCAUCUGGGGGCAGGAGAACAGUGCCACGGCUGCUGUGGGUUCGAUCAAGCUGGGAUCCGCUGCAGAGUAA